UUGUUCGUCAUCGCCGGUACGAGAUCGACCGCACACUGCUUUUAUUUUGAAAUCAAGGUCAUUCCUCCGUGUUUCGUCGAUCCCUGGCGGAGCCGCUGAUCGUCCGGGACCGGGGGCAGCGCAGUCCCGUAUGAACCGGUAGGCAUUUGGCAGGUACCAGUCCCGCAGCGAUGAGGCUCCGUGUGGCCGGGGCCGUGCUGCUGUCGGCGGCCGCCUACUACGUGUAUUUGCCGCUACCGAGCGGCGUGAGCGAGCCGUGGAAGCUGAUGCUGCUGGACGCGCUGUUCCGGAGCUUCUUACAGGCGAGCGACGCGGCUCACGCGCUGGGCGUCUGCCAUCGAGUCCACCUGUUGAACCAGGUGGUGUCCUGGGUGGAGGUGAUCGAGGCUCGCUCCUGCGCCGCCGUGCACGUGACCGACUCCACGCUCGGCGGCGUGCCCACCCGAGUCUUCCAGCCCAAAGAGGGGAAGCAGCUGAAGAGGGGAGUCCUGUACUUCCAUGGCGGAGGAUGGGCUCUGGGCAGCGGACGGAUGCGAUCGUACGACCGUCUCUGUCGGAAAAUGGCGGAGGACCUGGACGCUGUCAUCAUGUCUGUGGAUUACCGUCUGGCUCCGGAGGCGGUCUUCCCAGAUCAGUACCACGAUGCGUUAGCGGCGUCACGGGCUUUCCUCUCCUCUCAGGUGUUGGAGCGCUACGGCAUCGACCCACACAGGGUGUGUGUGUCUGGAGACAGCGCCGGGGGAAACCUGGCUGCUGCUGUGGCACAGGAGCUCAGCUCGGACGACACUCUGCCGGUGAAGUUCAAGGCCCAGGCGUUGAUCUACCCGGUGCUGCAGGCGCUCGACUUCUACACCCCGUCCUACCAGCAGAACCAGGCCGUGCCCAUCCUCUACAGGCCCAUCAUGGCUCGUUUCUGGCUGCAGUACCUCGGCGCCGACUCCUCUCUGGAGCCCCUGCUGCUCGCCAACAACCACAGCUCCCUGGACCAGCCGGCCAUCAGCGCCAACGCCCGCUCCAAGCUGGACUGGACCGCCUUGCUUCCAGCUAAACGCAGGAAGCACUUCAGGCCGGUUGUCAAAGAAACGGGAUCGCCAGGGGUGAUGGGCGAGGUCCCAGAGCUGAUGGACGUGAGGGCGGCACCUCUGCUGGCGGAGCAGGGGGUUCUGGGUAGGACGCCUAAAGCGUACGUGAUGACCUGCGAGUUCGACGUGCUGAGGGACGACGGGUUGAUGUACGUGAGACGCCUGCAGGACGCCGGGGUCGCCGUGACCAGCGAUCACUACGAGGACGGUUUCCACGGCUGCAUGGUGUUCGCCUUCCUGCCGAUGAUGUCGAGCGUCGGACAGAGAAGCAUGAACAACUACAUCCACUGGCUGGACCAGAACCUGUAGACAGUCGGGAUCCGUAAGGUGGCACCAAAGAUGUUCUGGAGUGGAGAGUCUGGAACUUGAGAGCUUCCUUGUUGGAUCAUCGCUCACGUCCUUAAUGUCGUCUUGUGAAUGUGGCGAUCAUUUCUUGAGGAUGUGUUGAACCAUGAUGUGCAUGUGUAGAUGUAAAGGCAGAAACAUGGUCCACGCGAGCACAAACUAGAAGCUGGACCCGCCCUCUGUCUGGGUUCAGUUCUUGCAGAAUCUCUAUCCAUGGCGGCCAUUUUCCUCAGGGUGGACGGCUCAAAUGUCGUAAACAAAGUAAAUCUGAGAAACUGCUGGCUCGGAUGCAAAAACAUUUAAUCACAGCGAGAAACAAACUGCAACACGACGCAGCUAAUUUAAUUUAUAUCUAAUUUGAAAGUUAAGAUUUAUUGAUGCAAGCUCUUUUGUUGUUGCGUGGACCACGUCUCUGCAGCUCGAGAGUCAACCGGGCGACUACGCGUCCUCGCUGAACCCCCGAAACCAAAAACGUUUUCCAACCAAAUGAAACCAAAGAAAGUGACGCUUUCACACUUAUGUCAAAGGCCAUAAAUCUGUCGACAGAAAUACUCGAAGCUCAACUAAAAUCCCAGAGUUUGUUUCAGGGCUGAUGAGGUGUUCGCUCUAAAUGUGACAUUAUUAAAACACUGGAGACGACGUGUAGCACAGACAAGUUUUACUGAUACGAAAACCACAAGACGCUACGGAAGAAAAAAGACGUUGAGAGAAGUAGAAAAGCUGUCGUGUUCAAAACUUUAAAGAGUUUAAAUUUUAAUCCUAAAUAGCAAAUUGUAAGAAACAUUUUCACAAGGAAGCUCAAAGUCUUUUAACAAACUGUGAGACGCGAGAUUAAGCCAAAAAAUCUGAGACGCCAUUUUGUUCUGGUGUUAAUUUGGAAAAGCAUCAACAAGUCGGUCAUUUUAUUUAAAACAUCAAUGAUACAAAAACCUGCGAGCUCAAUAAUUUUAUCCUCGGAUAUUUUAUUAAUUACUCUGAAUCCUCGUUUGCAACAUCCUGACACAGUGAAGACAACAACUUUUGAGGAAACUUCCGGGGAAAUAAAGUCAGAUUGAAACUAGUUUGUUGCUUGACUUCUGCAACAAAUGCUAAAUUAUUUUCACUGCACAAACCGGUGAAACGUGUCAGUGACGAGCUCCUAAUCUGAGGUACAAAGUCGCUCUUUAAGUCCAGAUUUUUAUUCUUUUACGAUGCACUGAGACACUGAAACAGCCUGCUGACACACACCGAACAGGCCAGUCAAGGAUACAGUGUGUGUGUGUGUGUGUGUGUGUGUGUGUGUGUGUGUGUGUGUGUGUGUGUGUGUGUGGUAGAAAACUAUGCCAGAGUUCACAUCUGUGUAUACUCACUGGAUUGUGCAAUAUAGUAUGUUUGAAAGUAUCCGUCACCCCUCUGUAACUCUCUGAUGACCACUGGACUGCAGGGCCUUUUUGCAAUGAUGAUGAUGAUGAUGAUGAUGAUGAUGAUGAUGAUGAUAGCUGUGAAACGUAUGCGAGAAUUACUGUAUCGCCUCGAGAGACCAGAUCCCAAGCGGACUAUCGUGUUUCCCUCCACCCUCCCUCCCUCACCGCUGCAGGCCCAAAACUAAUAUAACGGGCCGGCGACAGCGAGCGUCGGACUGACUCGGUUUUGGCUCUCGGCCCAAAACGCAGCGAAGCAGAAACACUGAGUGUGGUCAUUACUGAAAAAAAACCCAACAUGCUGCCUAUCAGGAGAGUUUCUUCUUCUCUUAAAGGGGAAACGACUCCGGACAGUUUCCUGCCUCACAUGUGCAGCAAUGGAAAUUCCAAACGCACACGAUUUGAACUCUUUCUAGGAAGAAAGUGACGAACGUGUUUGAAAUGCUUGUUAGAGGAAUUUAUAAAUCAGGAAUGUGGAUUUUUAAGAUUGAAAGAAAAAGUGACUUUGGACUGUAGAGAAAGACUUCUUUUUUAUGAUUAUUUUUUAAUGCUGUAUGGGAAAUUAAGCUUUAAAGGAACAGUUCAGCUAGAAAAUCAAAAAUCUGUCAUUAUCAUCACGAAAUUGUUAGAAAACAACCGUUUCUCACAAUGUCAAUGUGCUUACAAACCAACAAAACCAACCAACAACAGAGAGGAUCAAAAUCACAACCUCAUCCAAAAACAAGAGCAUAAAAUGGCUCCCAAAGUCUCCCUGAGAUCACAAACUGAUGUUCAGAGACGUUACUGACACCCUGAAAUCUUCACUGAGCCGCUAAGCUAAGCGUGUUAGCACACAACUCGUCUGAAGUUAAUAGUCAAGUCCACACUCUCCCACUCUGC